GCCGGCACCGGAGCUCAGAGACUUCACUGUACCGGGGGCGUGUCCAAUACGAGUCAUGUGGCAGGAAGACAGGGAUAUGGGCUGGGGAGGAAGAAGAGGAACAUCUUGAUAUCAAUGGAUUCCUCUGUGUGGUACUGGAUAUUAAGCUCCCUCCUCCUCUCUGAGACUUGGGGGCGCAAUGUGCUGCUUAUCAUCGGAGAUGAUGCAGGAUUUGAGAGUGACGUUUAUAACAAUACAGCUAUUCGUACACCUAACCUUCAGGAUCUUGCCAAGAGGAGUCUCAUCUUCAAAAACGCAUUUACCUCUGUCAGUAGCUGCUCUCCAAGCAGGGCUGCUAUCCUGACUGGCUUGCCUCAGCACCAGAAUGGAAUGUAUGGCCUGCAUCAGGAUAUGCAUCACUUUAAUUCGUUUGAUGAUGUAAGGAGCUUACCUCUUAUACUCAGGCAGGCCGGAAUUCGUACAGGAAUCAUUGGCAAGAAGCAUGUAGGACCCGAGUCAGUUUAUCCGUUUGACUUCUCCUACACAGAGGAAAACAGCUCCGUGCUACAAGUUGGUCGUAACAUUACACGUAUCAAGUUGCUGGUCCAAGAGUUUUUGCAGAGCCAAGAUCAAAGGCCCUUUCUCUUAUAUGUGGCUUUUCAUGAUCCACACCGCUGCGGACAUUCACAGCCUCAGUAUGGAGCUUUCUGUGAGAAGUUUGGAAAUGGAGACCCUGGUAUGGGGAUUAUACCAGACUGGACACCCCAGUACUACACUCCGGAGCAAGUUCAGGUACCUUAUUUCAUACAAGAUACCCCCAGUGCCAGAAAAGAUCUAGCAGCACAGUACACAACUAUUGGCCGCAUGGACCAAGGGAUUGGUUUGAUCCUCUCAGAACUGCGCAAUGCAGGGCACGGAAACGACACCUUAGUGAUCUUCAGCUCAGAUAAUGGUAUUCCUUUUCCCAAUGGACGCACCAACUUGUACUGGUCAGGAAGAGCUGAGCCCCUGCUGGUGUCAUCACCUUAUCACCCAAAGCGCUGGGGACAAAUAAGUCAGUCCUUUGCUAGCCUGCUAGAUGUAACACCAACUAUCAUGGACUGGUUUUCAAUCCCAUAUCCUAGCUACAAAAUUUUUGGUAAGAGUGUUCAGCUUACUGGAAAGUCCCUUCUUCCAGCGCUGCAGUCUGAACAGGCUUGGACCACUGUAUUUGGAAGCCAGUCUCACCAUGAGAUCACUAUGUACUACCCAAUGAGGUCUGUGCAGUACAUGCAUUACCUGCUGAUUCACAACCUCAAUUUUAAGAUGCCAUUUCCCAUUGACCAGGAUUUCUAUGUGUCGCCAACCUUUCAAGAUAUUCUGAACAGGACAGUCUCUGGGCAGCCUACUGGGUGGUUCAAAAGCCUUCACAACUAUUACUACAGGGACCGCUGGGAACUGUACGAUCGGUCGGCAGACAUUGCUGAGAUUAAGAAUGCAGCUGGAGACCCUGCCUUCCAGGAUAUAUUAAAGUCUAUGCAGAGCAUACUACUGAAGUGGCAACAGGAUACUUUUGACCCCUGGAUUUGUGCCCCAGAUGGGGUUUUGGAGGAGAAGCUUGAACCUCAGUGCCGCCCACUUUAUAAUGAGCUGUAGAACUCCCAUUUUAUUGUUAUGAAAUUUUAAAGGGAUGGUUCACCUUUAUGUUAACUUCUAGUAUGUUAUAAAAUGAUGAAUUC